AUGCAUCACCGAGGAGCUGCUAGUUCGCUGCUUUCUUCCGUGAAACGCGCCCGAGACUUAUUCAGGACUGGUCGAUGCACCUACGCGACCAGUGCGAACCCCAACCACGUCAGGAUUGUCGAAGUGGGUCCGAGAGAUGGUCUACAGAACGAGAAGGCAAUUAUCCCACCGCAACUGAAGGCCGAACUCGUUACGAGGUUAGGCAGGGCAGGCCUGAAGAAUAUCGAGUCGGGCAGUUUCGUGAGCCCGAAGUGGGUUCCCCAAAUGGCAGGUACAGCAGAGGUGCUUACAUCGAUGGAGCGCCUGGAAGGGAACCACUACCCGGUGCUCGUGCCAAACGUCAAGGGACUUGAUAUGCUGCUCUCGCUGCUGUCCGAGCAUCCUCCUUCCCCGUCUAGCGAACCUCUGACGGACGAGAUCGCGGUGUUCACUGCGGCGACGGACGCAUUCAGUCUGGCGAACACGAACUGCACCAUCGCUGAAUCGCUUGAGCGGCUGCAGGACGUUACAGGACAGGCCCUGUCACAGGGUCUCCGGGUACGAGGAUACGUAAGUGUCGUGGCCGUGUGCCCGUACACCGGGAAGGUGGACCCGCUGCGGGUGAAAGCCAUAACGCGCGCUCUGCUCGACAUGGGCUGUUACGAGGUUAGCCUAGGAGACACCGUCGGCGCGGGUACUCCAGCGGCCAUCACUGAGCUGCUCACCACGGUCAUGGGCGACGACCGUGGUGUGCCGCCGAGCAAGCUUGCGGUCCAUUUCCAUGACACGUACGGUACUUCACUUAUCAACAUUUUCCUUGCGCUUUCCAUGGGUAUACGGACUAUUGAUGCCGCCGUCGGUGGUCUCGGCGGGUGUCCGUAUUCCCCAGGAGCGACAGGCAAUGUCGCGACAGAGGACGUGUUGUACGCACUUCGCGAUAGUGGACAUGAAGUAGAUGGAAAUUUGGACGCGGUUGCGGAGGUGGGGGCGUGGAUUUCUGCUCAGCUUGGCCGGCCGAAUGCGAGCCGCGCAGGGAAGGCGCUCUUGGCCCGAAAGGAGCGGCAGCGGGACGGUGGUGCGGCAGAAUCGGUAACGGCCAAACUUUAG